UUCUUACUUUUAAGGAAAACAAACAAAAAUAUAGAGAAUUCGAGAAACAAAGCUCACGCUAACGCGCGUGUACACCACACCACAUGAAAAUAAACCUCACAAUCACAUCAAUGGAACCAGAUCAGAAAAUCAAAAACAGUAUAAAUUUUGAAAGAGAAUAUAAAAGAUAAAGAAAAGAAAAAAAAGUAGAAAUGAGCCAAGAAAACCCAACACCACAAGAAGCACCAAUUAUAUCCUCCCUUCAAAGUUCCAAUAAUUGUACACUCCACCACCCGCCAUUUUCCUAACGAUAUUAUCCACACAACACUGACAUUUCUUAUUGAAGAAAAACAUCACUUUCUCAUCAUCCAAACACAGUACCCUUCUAAAGAAAUACUCAAUUCUUUCUUCUUUUAUUUUUAUUUUUAUUUUUUUUUCAUAUUUUUUUACCGGCCCAUAUAUUAUUAAAAAUUUAAUUCCAUAUGGUGGCAUGUCUCUUCUUUUGCCACGUGUCCAUCCUCGAUAAAAUGUAUCGGUUAUCACCGGUCACCGGAAUAUUACCCUGUCUAUGCUCUUACAAGCUUAAUAGAGAAGCUAAGUUACUGGGUUUUGGGUUUGGAUUUCAGCAGCAGAAAGAGGAAGUGCUUAGGAGAAAGCUUAAAUUUGUUGCGAGUGCUGAGUUGUCAAGGGCUUUUUCUCAUAAUCUGGAUUUGGAUUCUCAGAUUAUCCAGCCUCAUGAUCAAUCACAGUUACCUUGGAUUGGUCCAGUACCUGGGGACAUUGCCGAAGUUGAAGCAUACUGUAGAAUUUUUAGAGCAGCUGAACGGCUUCAUGCUGCAUUAAUGGACACAUUAUGCAAUCCAGUAACUGGGGAAUGUAGUGUUUCGUAUGACUUCACGGCUGAGGAAAAACCAGUUUUAGAAGAUAAAAUAGUGUCUGUUCUUGGUUGUAUGCUAUCGCUUUUGAACAAAGGAAGAGAGGAUGUUCUUUCUGGAAGAUCUUCUAUGAUGAAUGCAUUUCGUGUCUCGGAUGUAAGCAUGAUGGAGGAUAAGCUUCCACCACUUGCUACUUUUAGGAGUGAGAUGAAAAGGUGUUGCGAAAGUUUGCAUGUUGCUCUUGAAAACUAUUUGACAUCUGAUGAUGACAGAAGUUUGGAUGUGUGGAGGAAACUGCAGAGACUGAAAAAUGUUUGCUACGAUUCUGGCUUUCCCCGCUGCGAAGAUUACCCUUGUUAUACACUAUUUGCAAAUUGGAGUCCUGUUUAUUUUUCCACUUCCAAAGAAGAAAUAGCAUCCAGAAAUUCUGAAGCAGCAUUUUGGAAGGGUGGUCAGGUUACUGAGGAAAGCUUGAAUUGGUUACUAGAGAAAGGAUUCAAGACUAUCAUAGAUCUUAGAGCGGAAACUAUAAAGGAUAACUUUUAUCAAGAGGCUGUAGAUGUUGCUAUUUUGUCUGGGAAAGUUGAAUUGAUUAAAAUUCCUGUUGAAGCUAGGACAGCACCUUCAGUGGACCAGGUUGUGAAGUUUGCAUCUUUAGUUUCAGAUAGCACCAAAAAGCCCAUCUAUCUUCAUAGUAAGGAAGGAGCAUGGAGAACUUCUGCAAUGAUCUCCAGAUGGAGGCAGUACAUGACUCGCAGUGUCUCCCAGCUUUUCAUUCCAAGUGAUAUCUUACCACAGGAUACAAAUGAAACCAGAGAUUUACUGGCACUUUCUGUCAUGGAUGAGGAGCCCCUCCUAGAACAGAAAAAUGGAUCGCUGGAAGUGGCUUUGGAUAAAAUUCAUGGUUCAAAUGGAGCAUCUCAUGAUGUUGUCUCUCAACCUAAGAAUGAAAGAGGCCAAAGCAAUGAUGAGGCUUACAAUGGCCUUGUUUCUCUUCAGGGUUCAACAUCUGUAGAAGCAGUUAGUGAGGAAAGAUCCUCAACAAACAUCUACAGUGAAACUGACCCUCUCAAGGGUCAAAGUCCUCCCUUUAAUAUCUUCUCAAAAGCAGAGAUGUCCAGGUUUUUUAGGACUAAGAGAAUAUCACCUUCCACUUACUCUAACUAUCGGUUUGGUAAGUUCAAAAAGCCACCUUUUCCAAAAGACACACAUGGUAGGAUUGUACAGGCAAGUGAGAUUAUGGACAUUGAAUCCAUGCCACGGCUUGUGGAGAAGAAAAGACCCAAUGAAUCAGCUAGUAGUAAAAAUUCAUCUCCAAAACUUCAGACCUCAUCUAUUGAUGGUCAGAAGCGUCUAGACGGCAGUAUUUUUACAUCUGUUGGUUCAAGUUCAAAUGCAUAUAGUGAAGUCAAGAGAAAUUCUGUUCUUGAUAUUAAUGUCAGUACCACUGUGAGUGACAGCUUAAAGAAUCAUGUUACACCAACAUCUUCUGGGGAAGUUCAUACAAAAAAUGGAGCAGCCUCAUUAGGCUUCAGCGAUGAUGAGUUGGGCUCAAUUGAAGGAGACAUGUGUGCUUCUGCAACUGGUGUUGUAAGAGUGCAGUCAAGAAGGAAAGCAGAAAUGUUUCUAGUGCGAACAGAUGGAUUUUCUUGUACCAGAGAAAAGGUCACUGAAUCUUCCUUGGCCUUCACUCAUCCUAGUACCCAGCAACAGAUGCUUAUGUGGAAAUCAACACCAAAGACUGUAUUAUUGUUGAAGAAGCUGGGGCAAGAACUAAUGGAAGAAGCUAAAGAGGUUGCCUCGUACCUGUAUCACCAGAAGAAGAUGAAUGUUCUUGUCGAACCUGAUGUUCACGACAUAUUUGCUAGAAUCCCAGGGUUUGGAUUUAUUCAGACCUUUUACAGUCAAGACACCAGUGAUCUUCAUGAGAGGGUUGAUUUUGUGGCAUGUUUGGGAGGAGAUGGGGUUAUACUCCAUGCAUCAAAUUUAUUUAGAGGUGCCGUUCCUCCGGUUGUAUCCUUUAAUCUCGGAUCUCUUGGUUUUCUCACCUCUCAUUACUUUGAAGACUACAAGCAGGAUCUUAGGCAGGUCAUCCAUGGGAAUAACACACUCGAUGGUGUUUAUAUAACUCUUAGGAUGCGCCUACGCUGUGAAAUCUUUCGCAAUGGUAAAGCAGUGCCUGGGAAAGUGUUUGAUGUCCUGAAUGAGAUGGUUGUUGACCGGGGUUCUAAUCCUUAUCUUUCUAAGAUUGAAUGUUAUGAACAUGACCGACUUAUAACCAAGGUGCAAGGUGAUGGAAUCAUAGUGGCCACACCUACAGGAAGUACUGCUUACUCUACAGCUGCCGGAGGUUCCAUGGUGCAUCCAAAUGUUCCUUGCAUGCUAUUUACCCCAAUCUGUCCACACUCUCUUUCAUUUAGGCCAGUCAUACUUCCAGAUUCUGCAAGGCUUGAAUUAAAGAUUCCAGAUGAUGCUCGAAGUAAUGCAUGGGUUUCUUUUGAUGGCAAGAGAAGGCAGCAACUCUCAAGAGGGGAUUCAGUCCGGAUAUCUAUGAGCCAGCACCCACUUCCAACAGUCAACAAAUCUGACCAAACAGGUGAUUGGUUUCGCAGCUUAAUUCGUUGCCUGAACUGGAAUGAAAGGUUAGAUCAGAAGGCUCUUUGAAGGUUUUGAUAGUGAAAGAGAGGCGUACAUUUUCGUUUCAGGACUGAGGUUUGUGUAAAUUACUGUACAGACUGUAAAUUAGAAAGACCACAGAAAAUUAUACUAACAAUGAGUAAAUACUGUUCAUCAUAACAUAGGCUCCCAAGUGAAGUUAGGGUUUGCCAUUUUUUUUCCUCCUCUGAAGCAUUAUAGAUUGUAUAACAUAUACCGUCAAUAUAAUUGUUUAUGAUAAAAUAUAUAAACUUACAGCA